AAGCUGGCCCUUCAAUCCACACAACUUUCCUUUCAUUCUAAAACCUACCCAAAUUCUUCAAUUCUCUUACAUUUUAGUCCUCAUGCUCUCCACCAUUCGAUCUCUCCGGCUUCAUCGCCGUCUCCUCUUCCUCUACGCCGCCGUCAAACGCCUUCCGAUUGAAUUCGCCGAACUCUUCUUAUCAGCUUACUUUUGCUACUGCAAUCUCUCCCCAUGCACCGUUGAUCUCGACGAUUGCCAAACCUCAAUCCACAUAUGGGCGCCAUAUCACCGCCGCUGCAACAAACCUAACCUCGUUCUCGUCCAUGGCUAUGGCGGAAACUCAAAGUGGCAAUUCGUGUUGCAGGUGGCUCAACUGACGCGUGAUUUCAAUGUUUACAUACCAGAUCUGGUGUUUUUCGGGAAAUCGUACUCGACAAGGACUGAGCGUACGGAUACGUUCCAGGCGAAGUGUGUGUGCGAUGGAAUGAAGAAGUUAGGUGUGGAGAAAUUCUCGGUCUAUGGAAUCAGUUAUGGCGGAUUUGUGGUGUACCGGAUGGCGGAGAUGGCGGAAAAGAUGGUGGAGAAGCUGGUGAUUGUUAGUAGUGCAAUUGUUUGUACGGAGGAUCAGAAAUCGGAGCACCUGAAGAAGAUUGGGGGGAAUUUGUUGGAUAUGUUGGUACCGGAGAAACCAGAGGAUAUUCGGACGCUGUGUCAAAUGUCUAUGUACAGAUCGAAUGUUUCGAAAUGGUUUCCUGAUUUCUUUCUUCGAGGAUUCAUCGCCGCAGAUGGUUGCAAGAUGGAAAAACGACAACUGGUGGAGUACUUGCUUUCCGAACAACCUGAUCUUCAUCUUCCUGUUCUUACCCAGGAAACGCUUAUAAUAUGGGGGGAGAAAGACAACAUUUUCCCGUGUCAUUUGGCACAUCAGCUACAUAGGCACUUGGGUUCGAAGUCGAAGGUAGAGAUAAUUAAAGACGUAGGACAUGCCGCAAAUAUCGAAGCUCCAUAUUCACUCAACAAACUCGUUAAGACGUUUGUAUCCGGUGGUCGAUGUUAGUUUUAAAUAAUUUAUUUAUUUUUAUGUACAAUUAUAAGUUGUAAGUCAUUUAUCUAAAAAUGAAAAAAAGACGAUAAAAUAUAUUUUUUUUAUAAACAACUGCUAUUCGUUUGUUUUAUUUUUAGUUAAGAUGGAAUGUGUACAAUUUCAAUACAUAAUGAGAU